AUGUCCAAGGCCGUGUACAUCUCGACCAUUGAUGGCAAACCCGGCAAACCGGGCCAGGUCUAUUACCCGCUCACCGUGCGCACCCUCCCCCAGCCUUCUCCGCAGGGGCGCGAGCUACUUGUGAAGCUAUCAGCUGCUUCACUGAACCACCGCGACCUCUUUCUCCGACAGCACCUCUACCCCGGCGUGACAUUUGAUGUUCCUCUCUUGGCAGAUGGCGUCGGAACCGUUGUCAGCGCUGGACCUGGCGUGUCCGACCCGAAGAAGUGGAAUGGAAAACGCGUCAUCCUGAACCCAGGUGUUGGCUGGAAAGAUUCACCUGAUGGACCCGAGGAAGCCACCGGAUACCGCAUUAUGGGAGGCACCAAAGUAUAUGACAAGGGUACUCUUCAGGAGUACAUUACCAUCGACGAGUCAGAGGUCGAAGAAGCACCGGCCCACCUCUCUGAUGCGGAGGCGGCUGCCCUUCCUCUAACCGGCCUGACUGGAUGGCGAGCCCUGGUCUCCAAGGCCGGAGAGAUAAACUCGAGUAACGGUGCUGCUGUGCUGAUCACCGGCAUCGGUGGUGGUGUUGCGCUGAUGGCCUUGCGUUUUGCGGUCGCCCGGGGCGCUCAUGUCUAUGUGACGAGCUCUAGCCAGGAGAAGAUCCAGAAGGCAAUUGAGCUCGGCGCGGCUGGCGGCGUGAGCUAUAAAGAGGACGGUUGGGAUAAGAAGCUGCUGGGUAUGCUGCCUGGUGGAAAGAAGAACUUCGAUGCUAUCAUUGACGGAGCUGGCGGCGAUGCCAUCGAGAAGGGUGUUAAGUUACUAAAGGCUGGAGGUGUCUUGUCCAUCUAUGGCAUGACAGUAUCCCCCAAGAUGCCCUUUGUGAUGCAAGCUGUUCUUAAGAACAUCGAUGUCCGUGGCUCUACGAUGGGCUCUCGCAAGGAAUUCAAGGAGAUGGUGGAGUUUGUCAACGCCAAAAAGAUCCAUCCAGUUGUUUCACGAGUCCUGCAAACCGAAAUUGAUGACCUCCCGGCCAUUGAUGGAUUAUUUGAGGAUAUGAAGCACGGCAAGCAAUUCGGAAAGCUGGUAAUUGAAUUUGGGAAGUCUUCUUCCGGCAGCAAGCUGUAA